AUGCAGAUCAAAAACACCCCUAUCCUGGCUUUGGCUUCUCUAGCCUCAGCUCAAAAUUUGACUGGAAACUCAAGUUUGUCUGACAUGCUUGGGUCGGUGGGCUCGCUUUCGAGCCUCAACGUAACCCUGCUGGCUCCGAACAACGACGCGUUAGCCAGCAUCAACGGCGCUGGCAACUCCAUGCUUGGUGACCCUAGCUACGUGCAGGCACUGUUGAGUUACCAUGUGUUGAACGGGAGCUACAGCAAUGCGUCCUUUAGCAACAGCUCGAUGUUUAUUCCAACGAUGUUGACGAACUCAACGUUCAGCAAUGUAACAGGAGGUCAGCGUGUUGAAGCCCGGAUGUCGGGCCACAAUAUUACGUUCCUCAGUGCUGAGAAGCAGAACAUCUCUUCAAUCUCGACCCUCAACUUCACCGGAGGCAUGAUCCACAUCGUCGAUGGCUUUUUGAGCAUCCCUGGGAAUGUCACCGACACCCUUGCGAAUGCCAAUCUAACGGCGGCUUCGGGAGCUAUCACGAGCACUAAUCUGUCGCGUCCUAUUUCGAGCAUGUCGUAUGUACAUUUUCGAGUCCUUUAUUUCACCAUAUUCCCAUGCCCUGAGCGCGAAUCUCCUCUUCUAGCCCGUAUCAAAGCCUUUGCUCCCGAGACACGCAUUAUGACUCCGCUUUUCUUCAGUAAACCAUCUAAAAGGAGUAAUUACAGGGAUGUCACGAUCUUCGCGCCCAACAACGCUGCCUUCAAUGCCAUCGGUAGCAUUGUCUCGAUUCUCACGCCUCAGCAACAGAACAGCAUCAUUGGCUACCACGUCGUCAAUGGAACAGUUGACUACUCCUCUCAGAUGCUCCGCCGCGGGAACAGCACCCUGAAGACAUUGACCGGCCCGGACAUCACCAUCAGCGUGGUCGACGGGCAUAUAUUCGUCAACGCAGCCCGCGUCACCGUGGCAGACAUCCUGUGCGAGAACGGUGUCAUCCAUGUUGUGGAUCAGGUGCUCAACUCCGAGAACGCUGCGACCAGCCCCAAUGCUACGGCAACAACGGCCACGCCUGCUUUCACAGGCGCAAGCACUGGUACCGCGGGAGUCCCUUUCACGAGUGGAGUGUCAACUGCAACCACCACCUACCCUGCGGCUACUUCUGCUGGGGGUGACGACUCAUCGGCCACUAGUUCUUCGUCCGACGGUUUGGCUAUGCCUAUGAAGACUGGCGCCGUCGGUGUUGUGGCACUUUUCGGUGGUGCAGCUGCAUUGAUGAACAUGUAA